UAGGGAGAUUCAGAGGACUUUAAAGGAGUUACUGAAUCAAAUGGAUGGAUUCGAUACUCUACAUAGAGUUAAAAUGAUCAUGGCUACAAGCAGACCAGAUACUCUGGACCCUACUUUGCUUCGUCCAGGAAGAUUAGAUAGAAAAAUACAUAUUGAUUUACCAAAUGAACAAGCAAGAUUAGAUAUAUUGAAAAUCCAUGCUGGUCCCAUAAUAAAGCAUGGUGAAAUAGAUUAUGAAGCAGUUGUGAAGCUUUCUGAUGGCUUUAAUGGAGCAGACCUGAGAAAUGUUUCUAUUGAAGCAGGCAUGUUUGCAAUUGGAGCUGAUCAUGACUUUGCAGUACAGGAAGACAUCAUGAAAGCAGUUAGAAAAGUAGCUGAUUCCAAGAAGCUAGAGUCUAAAUUGGACUACAAACCUGUGUAAUUUACUGUAAGGAUUUUGAUGGCUACAUGACAGAUAUUGGCUUAAUAUAAAAAUAAAGUUAAGGAAAAUAAUGUAUGCAUUAGCAAUGAUAUCAUUAAAAGUGUAUUGAUAAAAUAUAUAUGAAUAACAUCAUAUAAUUAAUAAUUCAGUAAUUCUACUUAUAA